AUGGCAUUUUCCGUGACACAUUGCAUCCAAGCUCAUGCGGGAGCUGCGCAUGUUGCGAGAUUCAAUGCAGGUGGCAGAUAUCUACUGACGGGUGGUAGUGACCAGCAGAUUCAUCUGUGGAAUGCGAGGACCGGUGUGAGCGAUGAGCUAGACACGAAAGGACGCUCUGCCUGCAUCCAGCGGUACAGCGCACACUCCUAUGAAGUUCUAUGCCUGGACAUUGCCCCGGACAGUCUACGUUUUGCAAGUGCUGGACCAGACCGCGCUAUUAUGCUAUGGGAUGUAGCGACAGGUCAAGUGUUCCGUCGCUUUCACUCGCAUACGGGUCGGAUCCAUGACGUGAAAUUCGGUGGCGCACGGGAAGAAGGAAGCUUAUUGUACGCUGCUGGGAGUGAUAAGGUACUGCGAGCUUUUGACUUGCGUGCCUCGAAUGCAUGGCGCCCUAUUUUUGAGGCACGGGAAGCCCACGAUGCCAUUUUGACCCUGGCGCUGACACCAGGCAGUGUUCAUACGGGAUCAGUGGACGGUGUACUUCGGACAUAUGACGUGCGUAUGGGCGAAUUACGCUCUGAUACUCUCGAUGAGCCUAUAACGUCACUGACACCUGGCAAAGACGGUGUCACAAUGCUGGUUUCUCAGCUUGCCUCUACGCAUCGUCUCAUGGAUUUGGCGGAUGGAACGCAGCUUCAAUGCUUCCGAGGACAUACCCAAACAUCCUUCCGUUGUCACUCCGAUAUGACGCUCGAUGAAGCUUUGGUGAUCAGUGGUGAUGAGACGGGACAUCUAUUUGCUUGGGAUAUUCUCAGUGGCCGAAAAAAGUGGGAUGCUCGUCCUGACUUCCGUGGAAGUGCACGGCAUCGACGAGCACCCAAUGUGCCGGUCACGAUGCUAUGGACAGAGGCAGGACCAGAUGCGCAAGACCCACAAGUCGUCACGGCAUCUUCUUGUGGUACGGUGCACAUUUGGUCGCGUUAA